AUGCCCUUUACAAAAUUCGAGAUACCAGAGAAAUAUGCGUACCAGACUGGUUUCCUUGCCAAUUUGGAAACGGAGGCCAUCCCAGGAGCAUUGCCAAUCGGGCAGAAUUCGCCUCAAAAAUGUCCCUAUGGCCUUUACGCAGAGAAGAUCUCGGGCACUGCAUUCACGGCACCGCGUUGGGAGAAUCAGCAGACAUGGGUGUAUCGCAUAAUUCCAUCAGCAUCCCACGCCGCAUUUGAGGCUCUACCUUCUGACAGCAGACUGGAAGCAAAGUUCAACUACAUUCCCGACCAACUCCGAUGGGAUCCUUUUGAUGUAAACCCCGAUGUCGACUGGGUCCAAGGCUUGAAUAUGGUCGCGGGGUCGGGAGAUCCUGCUCUCAAGAAUGGCGUCGCUUACUAUAUCUAUGGCGCUACCCGGUCAAUGGCUGAAAAGACUGCCUUUUAUGAUGCUGACGGCGACAUGCUUGUUGUGCCGCAGCUGGGGGCGCUCGACAUCUGUUCGGAGAUGGGCCGGCUACUCGUUCGCCCGGGCGAGAUUUGUGUCUUGCCCCGUGGUAUUAGAUACCGGGUUGAUCUUGUCGACGGCCAGCACAUCAGGGGUUACGUGCUGGAGAUCUACAACGGCCACUUUCAGCUUCCCGAACUUGGACCAAUAGGUUCGAACUGCUUAGCAAACGCCCGAGAUUUCCAGAUCCCCGUCGCCGCAUUCACUCACGAUUCUAACUCGACGUGGACGAUGUACAACAAAUUUCGGGCGCAGCUCUUCUCUGCUAGCCAAAAUCAUACGCCGUUUGAUGUAGUUGCUUGGGAAGGGAGAUAUUACCCUUACAAGUACGAUCUGGGUCGCUUCAACACGAUCGGUACCAUUUCGUACGAUCACCCAGACCCAUCACUGAAUACUGUUCUCACUGCCACCUCUAACGCACAUCCCGGAACCGCCAUCGCAGACUUUGUCAUAUUCCCGCCUCGCUGGCUCGUGGCUGAGGACACAUUUAGGCCUCCUUCUUACCACCGUAAUUGCAUGAGCGAGUUCAUGGGCCUGAUUCAAGGUUCUUAUAUCGCCAAGGAGGGCGGCAAAGGGGGCUUCCAGGCAGCUGGGGCGAGCCUUCAUAACUGCAUGAGUAGCCACGGCCCAGAUGCUGCAGCAUUUGAUAAAGCCUCCAACGAGGAGCUGGUGCCUGUCAAAGCGGGGGUAGGGAGCAUGGCGUUCAUGUUCGAGAGUUGUUACAUGGUUGGGAUCACUGACUGGGGACUGACAAAAUGCUCCAAACUGCAGUCCCAGUAUCCCGAGGAAAGUUGGGGAGGACUUCGAGAUCAGUUCAAGCCGCCUAGGACGACAAAUGGGGCGUAG